CCAAAUUCAUAGCGCCACCUAUCGUGUAUGUCAAAAUUACAAAUGUAAACAUGAACAGAUUUCAGUGGGGUGAAACAACUGCAGAUCAUGGUGAAAUUCAUGUAACAAGUCAGACUGGUGUUGCUUUAUAUGACGGGGAAGAAAAAACAAGUUUUGCUGGUGGUGUUUUAAGCCUUACAAGUCACAGAUUACUAUGGAGAGACAAUCAUGCAAAGACAUCUGCAUUAUGUCUACCACUUCAGCUUGUUGUGUUUUUAGAAGAACAACCAUCAGGAUUUGCUAAGAGUGCAAAGAUAGUUGUUCAUCUACAAGAACCUUUACCAGGUCAGCCUUCAGGGCCGGUAUCUUACAGUAAACAUAACUAUAUAAGAUUGUCCUUCAGAGACAGCGGGGAGUCAGAGUUUUUCAGAUAUUUAAACCAGAUGUUAAAGGAGAAGAAAUGGGAAGAGAAAGUGCUCCCACCAGCAAGAGCUGGAGCUCAGGGUGGCCGUCAUCGUCCGGGUAUUGUUGGAAUUGAAAGAUCUAUACAACAGAAACAUAAACAGACUGAUUCUUCUAUCAACCAAUCAUUUCAAGAUCUGAAAAAACUCAUGGAGAAGGCACAAGAAAUGGUGACACUGUCAAAAUCUAUUGUGUCAAAGAUAAAGGACAAACAGGGUGAAAUUACAGAAGAUGAGACUGUCAAGUUUAAAGCUUACCUGUUGAGUAUGGGUAUACCAAACCCAGUUACCAGGGAGACACAUGGUACAGGGGAUAAAUAUUACCAGGAAUUAGCCAGGGAACUUGCUAAAGUGCUAGAUCAGCCUAUUAAAGAGUGUGGAGGGAUGAUGACAUUAACUGAUGUCUACUGUCGUGUUAACAGAGCUAGAGGGAUGGAGUUAUUGUCACCAGAAGAUCUGCUGAAUGCUUGUGAAAUGUUUGAAUACCUCAGAUUGCCUGUAAGGUUGCGGACAUUUAAUAGUGGUGUAAAAGUAUUACAAUCAGCUACACACAGUGAAGAAGAAAUCAUAAAGAAAACAACAAAUUCUGUUGAAGAGAAGGGGUCAUUGACAGCGGAGGAAUUAGCCCAGCUUAUUGGUUUAUCUGUGAUUCUAGCUAAAGAAAGAUUACUACUGACAGAGAGAGUUGGAGGAGUUUGCCGUGAUGAUUCUGAAGAAGGACUUAGAUUUUAUCCAAAUUUAUUUCUUACAAAAACAUGAAAAUAGAUUUUACUCUAGAAACUGCUGAUGAUUUUAGGGAAAUUUAAUACCAAAAAAAAGGUAUAAAAAAAACUGUAUAGUCAUAAAGUGCUAACAGAUUUCACCAGAUGGUGAUACUUGAAAAUAUGCCACUUUGUUAUAAUAAACAUAUGGCAGAAUUUUGUUGCAUGUCAGUGUAUACCUGAUUGUGAUUUAUGAUUGAAUAUUUGAAUGAUCUUUAUAGUUAUGGUGUUGAUUCUGUUUAAGUGGUAUAGAAAAAGCAACAAAUAAAUGAUGUGCAAUAGUUGAUUUAUAAUUUUUGUAUAUCUA